AUGCUUAGAUUACAACCAGGUAUCAUCCGUCCAGCUCUACGCUUUCCAACUGCCGGUUUAGCCAAAAGAACCAUCUCUCUCAAGCCAGAUUUUAACAAGUAUAAGCUUAUUGAACAACCAGCUGGUUAUAUUGUUGGUACUGUUAAUGAAGCUACUCCACAAGCUGAAAUUAAUUAUUUCCAUGGUUCUUAUCAUUGGUCUUAUGAAAGAUUAUUAGCUGUUGCUUUGGUUCCAUUAGCUACUACUCCAUUCAUUUCACAAGUUGAUUUCCCUAUAUUGGAUGCUUUAUUAGCUACAAGUGUCUUGGUUCAUUCACAUAUUGGUUUCACUUCAUGUAUUAUUGAUUAUAUUCCUAAAAGAGUUUAUGGUAUAUGGCAUAAAUUCGCUAGAUAUUUAUUAACCCUCGGUACAACUGUUGGGUUAUAUGGUAUUUAUCAAAUGGAAACUACUGAUGUUGGUUUAACAAAUUUAAUUAAAAAAAUUUGGAAAAAUCCAAAUUAA